AUGUCUUCUUCAAUUACCUUUUUCAAUCACGAUGCCGGGAAGAAGAUGGCAGAAACAUUCAACUAUUCGCAGGUGGCCAAACUGGCCAACGGAGCUGUUGCUCUUUCUGGAAUGUUGGGAGUGGACGCGACCGUGACUCUUGCACCAACCCUAGAGCAACAGGUCGAGACAAUCCUGGACCACAUAGAAGCAGCUCUUGCAGCUGCGAGCGCAAAACCCACAGAUGUCUUCAAAGUCAUCAGUUACCAUAUCGAUAUUGAAGAGAGUGCUGGUUUGAUUACCGCUGGGUGGCUGCGAAGAUACAAUUUCAAGCCGACGUGGACUGCCAUCGGGGUCGCACAAUUGGCCAUUCCUGGAGCUCGGUUGGAGGUACAAGUGGAAGCAUGGCGUUGCUCCCAGGAUAAUUAGGUCAUGGGCCUUGGAAACCUAGAAUACGUUACGUAAAGUAGUCCGUUCAUCGAUGCCAUCGAGAUUCUUGUAGAAGUCUUCU